GCGCCCUUCUCGCCCCGGCCGCCCGCGCGGCGCCGCGCACUGACUGCGGCCGGCGUCGCCAUGGUGCGCGGCAGGGUGUCGCGGCUCGCGGUCAGCGACGUGCGCUUCCCCACGUCGCUGGGGGGCCACGGCUCGGACGCCAUGCACACAGACCCCGACUACUCGGCUGCCUAUGUCGUCAUAGAGACAGAUGCGGACGAUGGACUCAAGGGAUAUGGAAUUACCUUCACUCUGGGAAAAGGCACUGAAGUUGUUGUCUGUGCUGUGAAUGCUCUCGCCCACCAUGUGCUUAACAAGGACCUCAGGGACAUUGUUGGUGACUUCAGAGGCUUCUACAGGCAGCUCACAAGUGAUGGGCAGCUCAGAUGGAUUGGUCCAGAGAAAGGCGUGGUGCAUCUGGCAACGGCGGCUGUUCUCAACGCGGUGUGGGACCUGUGGGCCAAGCAGGAGGGAAAGCCUCUCUGGAAGUUGCUUGUGGACAUGGACCCUAGGACGCUGGUGUCCUGCAUAGAUUUCAGGUACAUCACCGACGUCCUGACUGAGGAGGAUGCCUACGAAAUACUGCAGAAAGCUCAAGUUGGUAAAAAGGAAAGAGAGGAGCACAUGCUGACACGUGGCUACCCUGCCUACACGACGUCGUGUGCCUGGCUGGGGUACUCAGAUGACACGCUGAAGCAGCUCUGCAAGGAGGCGCUGAGGGAUGGCUGGACUAGGUUUAAGGUGAAGGUCGGUGCCGAUGUGCAGGACGACGUGCGGAGAUGCCGACUCAUCAGAGACAUGAUUGGACCAGACAAAACUUUGAUGAUGGAUGCCAACCAACGCUGGGAUGUGCCCGAGGCAGUGGAGUGGAUGUCCAAGCUGGCCGAGUUCAAGCCCCUCUGGAUUGAGGAGCCAACCUCCCCCGAUGACAUUCUGGGGCAUGCUGCCAUCUCCAAGGCAUUGGUCCCGUUAGGAAUUGGCGUUGCCACAGGAGAGCAGUGCCACAAUAGAGUGAUAUUUAAGCAACUCCUACAGGCAAACGCCCUGCAGUUCCUCCAGAUUGACAGCUGCAGACUGGGAAGUGUCAAUGAAAACCUCUCAGUAUUACUGAUGGCCAAAAAGUUUGAAAUUCCCGUUUGCCCCCACGCUGGUGGAGUUGGCCUCUGUGAACUGGUCCAGCACUUGAUCAUAUUUGACUACAUAUCCGUCUCUGCAAGCCUUGAAAACAGGAUGUGUGAGUAUGUCGACCACCUGCAUGAACAUUUCAAGUACCCUGUGAGGAUCCGGCAGGCUUCCUACAUGCCUCCAAUGGAUGCUGGCUAUUCAACAGAAAUGAAGGAGGAGUCUGUAAAGAAACACCAGUAUCCAGAUGGUGAAGUUUGGAAGAAACUACUUGCUGCUCAGAAAAAUUAAAGUGAAAAGGCUUGGCUAGGGGAGGGGGGCAUGGGCAAUAUAAGUAACCUUAACACUUGUACCCCCAUAAUACGCUAAAAAAUUUUUAAAAAGGCUUGGCUAUAUUUUUUUUCUAUUUUUGUAAAACUAUCCUGCCAAUCAAGUUCAGCUGAAAGCCAUAUUAACCUCAGGACUCAGGUCAGUAAUCAUUAUUACUUGAUUCUUUUAGCAAAUCAAUACGUCUUCUCCUAUUUAAUCCUUAAACUUAGAUUUAACUACCCCUAUGUCCAGGAAAACGUUCUUACAAAAUUACUGUCCAAGUGCUGGCACCCAGACAUUAAACUAUACUUUGAAAAUAAGCAACAUGUUGCAUAAUUUGUUGGAACAAUUCCUUAUUCUAUUUAAUACUUGUCAUAAAUUAGCAGAAUAAAAAUAGUUCUGCAGCACCAUGGGCUAUCCAGUAUGUAACAAAAAGGGAAAAAAUUUUCCACUAAUUAAUAUUGAAGUGGUUUAGCAUCUUCUUCUUGCUCAGUCUAAGCAUAUUAGAGACUUCACACCAUACUGAUGCUAAAAAGGGCAAAAUGUUAUUUCAUAGACUCUUUUAUAGCCCUUAAAAAACUGUCCUUAACAGUCAUUAUAUUUUAGUGAUAAAUUGCAGCUAGAAUGAGAUGAGUCAUAGAAAAAUAGGGCAAAAUGUAGUAUAGUCAGCAUUUCUAAAAUAUAUCCAAACCAGAAUAC